AUGACGGAUAAAGCUCUUGACAUCACGUGCUCUUCCACGUCGUCUGCAUCUUUUGUGUCUCCCUCAAUGCGUGAAUCUCUUGUGCAAGUGUCUUCUGAACCUACUGACGAAAUUACAGCCUUAAAUGAUGCUUCCAUCCAACAGCAAUCACCUAAAACAUUACGCACUUCUGGCUCGCGGAAACGAAUCUUUACCUUUCAAAAGCGAUGGCUACACUCGUUGCCAAUCAUUGAGCGGUCGAUAUCAGAGACUGAGAUGGAGAAUCAUGCACUUAAAGCCAGUUGUUUAGCCAAUGAAGUCUCUAGGGAAGCUGCAGUCUCAUUGACAUCCGCUAAGAAGCAAAUGGACGUUAUUGUGUGCAUGUUGUGUGACGACCCAACGUCAAAACGUGAGAUGACAAAGGUCUGGAGCCGUUUAAAUUGUCGGCGUGGACGGAUUGAAAAUCAUUUGAUGAGUAAACAUCCAGAAUUCAUGCGGUUACUAAAACACAAGCGUGAAGCGGAAGGAGAUUUGCCAGUGCAGAUUUUUUUACAAAACUUACGUGAUGGACGGUGUAAUGCACGCACUGAAAUUAAUAAUGGAUUGUAUAGUCAAUUGACUGGUCUUGGUACCGUAGCUGCAGUAGAUUAUACUGAGCAUCCAAAACGUGUUCGUGGGGAUUAUGUUAAUAGUCGUGAAGACAUGGAGAACCAUCGAAAACGGGCAAAACUUAUGGGAGCUUGUGUCAAGGAGAAGGAUGUGUCGGUGUUAGCAGCGUCGGUGUAUUCUGCUGAGAAUUUAGCAAUAUUACGCGCAAAUGGAGCUGCGUGUGUAAAUGCUGCUAGUGGUGAUGGUAUGGGAUCUUUAACUUCUACUGUGCUAUAUCAAGAUGCAGUUUUAUCUGCACAGUGGCAGACGAUAUUUUAUAACAAAUUGGUGGUCGUUACCGGUGCAGACAACCCGUCAAUGUCGACUGUCGCGACACAACUCUGGCUGUCGGGGGCAAACGUACUGCUUACUUUCGCCAACAUGUCAGCCUUGGACGACUUUAAUACAAAACACAUUGGCCGCUUCCCAAAUCCGUCGGACAGCGAGGAUAGCCCGCGUGGUGUGAUGCUUCCCGUGCUGGGGUACUUUCGGACACAAACAGAUAUUAGCGAGUGGUGCAGCUCCAUUGCUUCGAAAUACCAGCGCGUGGAUUUUCUGAUCAAUUACGCUGGCUCCAAACUGGUCGAAUCGAUCUCGUCUGAAGACGCUAACGAAGAUCUGAUGAAAAGCGAGCCCAUUCUUUCCGGCGCGGCCCUCAUUGAAGCUUUAAGUGAGUCCAUGUCGUCAACCUGCUUUCCCGAUCGUGCCGCUGGAGAGAAGGACUGGUUAAUACCCAACAACGGUACUAUCGUGAACGUUGCGACUUUACCAGAUAGUACCGUCAUCGAGUCGCAAGUUAAAGAACUAGCGAUCAAGCUUCAACCGCGUAACGUCCAAGUGAAUUGCGUGUUGCUUCCGUCGCGACAAGUGGAUAAAGUUGUCGACGUUGAGACCUUUGAUGAGACGGCUACAUUGUCGCACUCGAUUCUGUUUCUCCUUUCGCCUUCCAGUCGGCUCUUAUCAGGUAGUGUGCUGCGUCUCCAGCAGGACAAGACAUUCUCGGCAGCACAAGACCAAAGAACCAAUGUACCAUUAUCCGUGACCGAAGCAGCAGAUACGGCCACUGAGAUUCAUUCAAUCUAA